CAAAGUGGGCCAUGCCAGUCCAGUUCCGAGCUUUACAUAUGGGAACUGUAUGUCUGCAUGGUCGAAAAAAAAAAGCAAGUCGAUGAUAGCCAACGUUUGUGUAACACAUUCUUCAUCCCAAGUUACCACUUCCAUUAUCACCGAGUAAGGGGGUUCCAAGGAUCCAAGAGCUUAUAUACCAUCGUCGAUAUAAGUAUAGCUUAAACGAAACCUCUUCGAGACCGCCGGCAAAUUUCCCUGGCACGCACAAUUCCACCGACCAUCGUACUCUAUCAUAUUUGAUAGGUGAUUAUUUCGUCUCGUAAAAUAAAAGCGAUAAUCGAGGGCAGGGUUUUAGUCGCUGUCCCGCCUUUUUUUUCAUUAGUUGUAUCCCCCUAGUUCGCCCUAACAUCGUCAACGACGACCAAUCACACCAAACCGCCUCCCCAACCCCUUCAAUUGCUCACCAAGCAACAUGUCUGGGGGAAGAUCCGGCUAUGGAUCUUACGCGGGAAGCUCCCAAUAUGACGACACGUUCUCAGCUGGUGGAUCAGUGCGUAGCUAUUGCACGACAGCUACUCGGUAUACAGCUGUCGAAAACCCUCAGAACACGCUUCAGGACCUGGCCCCGAUGCGUCUACCCUGCGAGUUUAUCGGGCUUGGCUGCAACGAAACUUUCAGCUUCAACGAAGUCGAUGCUUGGACCGAGCAUGUGAUCACUGACCACCUUGGAAACAAGUUGCCUUCCAUAGUUGCGUGCUGGUUCUGCGAUACAUGGCGUUUUGAUUGCAACACGCCUAAUAUUGGGGGCGACCAACGCUAUAAUUUCGAUCUGAGGAUGAACCAUAUCUACGAGCACUUCUUAGAUGGUAAAUCAGUCCAUGAUAUACGCCCCGACUUCUAUAUGAUUGAACACCUGGGCAAAAAUGGGCUGGUCGCGACGACUACCUACCAUUACCUCAAGAGAUGGAACGACGUUCCGUGCCCUAUUGAAGAGAUGAGGCAUAUCCAGCGACGUGACUUUGUGCCGCCGGAGAGGCAAGAACGGCAGCGACGCUCAGAGAUGGUCUUCGUAGACAAUGAUAAGGAAGAAAGGCGACGGAAGAAAGAGAAAGCACACAAAGGGAAGGGAAAUCGAGACAAACCGAGUCAUCGUUCGAAGUAAUGAAGUGAGGAGGGAGACAUGGGGGGUUAUUAGCGUGGCGGGCAUGUCCCCAAAAUGGUCCGCGAACCACCACCGCUAUUGC